AGUUUUUUCUAAUGCUUUCAGGAAGCAAUUAAUUUGUUAGAACCGAUGACAAAUGACCCUGUGAACUAUGUGAGGCAAGGAGCUCUGAUAGCCUCAGCUCUCAUCAUGAUCCAGCAGACUGAAAUCACUUGUCCAAAGGUGAAUCAGUUCAGACAGCUGUAUUCCAAAGUCAUCAAUGAUAAACAUGAUGAUGUCAUGGCUAAGUUUGGCGCUAUUUUGGCGCAGGGCAUACUGGAUGCAGGUGGUCAUAACGUCACGAUCUCCUUGCAGUCCAGGACUGGGCACACCCAUAUGCCUUCUGUAGUUGGCGUCCUUGUCUUUACCCAGUUCUGGUUCUGGUUUCCUCUUUCACACUUCCUGUCAUUGGCUUAUACCCCUACAUGUGUCAUUGGCCUUAACAAGGACUUAAAGAUGCCGAAAGUUCAGUAUAAAUCAAACUGUAAACCAUCCACAUUUGCAUAUCCUGCCCCUCUGGAAGUACCAAAAGAAAAAGAAAAGGAAAAGGUUUCCACUGCUGUGUUAUCUAUUACCGCCAAGGCUAAAAAGAAGGAAAAAGAAAAGGAGAAAAAAGAGGAGGAGAAAAUGGAAGUGGAUGAAGCAGAAAAAAAGGAAGAAAAAGAGAAGAAAAAAGAACCUGAGCCAAACUUCCAGUUAUUGGAUAACCCAGCCCGAGUUAUGCCUGCCCAGCUUAAGGUCCUGACCAUGCCAGAGACCUGUAGAUACCAGCCUUUCAAACCACUCUCCAUUGGAGGCAUCAUCAUCCUGAAGGAUACCAGUGAAGACAUUGAAGAACUGGUAGAACCUGUGGCAGCCCAUGGCCCAAAAAUCGAGGAAGAAGAACAAGAGCCAGAACCUCCAGAACCAUUUGAAUAUAUCGAUGAUUAAGGACCAGAGGCUCUCAUUGCUCGUCUGAAGAAGAUUGUCCAGGCCCGUAUUGGAGAUGCCUGUGAAGAAAUCCAUGCUGAGACCUGCUACUCACUGCAUGUACCAUUGCCUCCGCGCUGACCCGAAGAACCUUGUCUCCAAGUCUUUGGUGAAGAGAAGAUAUAUGACUAUUUAGUGUGCUCUUUCACAGAACUUGGUUUUCAAAUAAAUAUAUUAAAAUCUCCAGA